GCUACCAUUUUGUCUAUGACUAGCUAACGCAAGAAGCAUUGAAAGCGCAUUUUAUUUGCAUUUGCAUAAAAUAAAUUCAGAAUAAUUCGCCAAAAACGUCUUUAUUGUAAAAUCGAGAACAAAGUGACCCUUUGAAGCUGAGAUCAUAGUAAUUUGUGACUGAUAAAAUAAAUCCCUAAUGCUGAUUGAAUAAAUUUCGUCAUAUUAAUUAUUUCACUUGUUUUGACAAAUAAAAGUAAUAAAAAGAUAGUGCGUCGAGAAAAUUCUAGCGAACAUGGGUCGCCGCUGUUGUAUUGCCGGUUGUAGCUCUACUUCCCGAUUACCAGAACAUCAUGGUGUCACAUAUCAUUCGUUCCCUUUGGAUCCAAGCAUACGGUCCGUUUGGCUACGCAAUACGAGACUUAGUGCCGAACGGCAAAUAACUAAAAGUGUACUUGUGUGUUCGAGACACUUUCGUCGAGUAGACUUCCAGCCACAGCGCAGCGGAAAGUAUUUACUAAAACAACGGGUGUUUCCUACUGUAUUUCCAUGGGGUAAGGUCGAUCCUACUCAGGUGGAGUCUGAUUUAGAAGAUUUGAAAACUACUGCUUUGCCUACGAGUACAACCAAUCAAAUAAGUGAAGAUGCUACGAAAGCUACAGUAGAAGCAAAGGUUGCUCAGAUAAUGGCUGAAACAGCAGUGCGUAACGCUGUAAAAGCAUGUAUAGUUAAGGACGACAGUGAAACUGCUUCAGCUGCUACAACGCCGGUUUCUGCAUCUCCAGCUGCAGUAAAAUUUGAGCCGGUAACAUCGUUUAAUUCUGGCACACGACUUGAAGCGCAGGAUUUCGAUGGUGUUUGGCAUGCAGCCCGUGUUGUCGAGGUGGACAACGAUGAUCGUGAGGUACUAAUAAAAUUCGAACGUUCGGGUAAAAUGAAAUCAGUAGUUGUUGGUACAGAAGAAUGGAUUCCCAUGAAUUCGACACGCUUGCGGCAAAAAAUUUCAACAAAGCCAAUACUAGUUUUCGAGUUAGAAGAAAAAUGUAUGGCACGUUGGUCAGGCCCAAGGAAAUUUCCAGGUACUGUAAAAAAAAUCAUCGGAAAUGACAUAUACGAAGUUCUAUUUGAUGACGGCUAUAUGAAGAAUGUACGUGCAUUGCAUAUGAGCAAAGUUCUUCCUGUGGACGCUGAAUCACAACCACCCAUUUCCUCAUCGACUCUUCCUAUUCCCAGUAAAACACAGACACCAACCAACAAUUCACAAGAAUCUUCAUGUGUAAAAUCAAAAAAAGUCGAAUCUCCUUUACCAAUACAAACUAGUUCGUCCACUUCUAAGAAACGAACUCUAUCGGGCGCUCGAAAGGAUUGGCCUUUACUCGAUUUGGCAAAACUGGACUUAACUACAUUAAAUUUACCAGAAAUACCACACGAUGGCGAAUGGACAUGCCAUUGGGUUAAUGAUCAACCAAUUGGACGAGAGGGCUUUCUCAUUGUCGGUGAACAUCGAAAACCAACAGUAAUCGUAGAGGAUUGGCGUUUACCACCGGGUUGGGUAAAACAUAUGUAUCAGCGUUCCAAUGUGUUAGGAAAAUGGGAUGUCAUAUUAGUGACACCAGGUGGAAAACGUUUUCGAUCAAAAUCGGAUCUAAAAGUUUUUCUCGAGGAGCAAGGUCAGAUGUACAACCCAGACGUAUAUGAUUUUAGUAUUCAUCGUCGGCGUGCUAAGGAUAUAAAUGCAUAUGUUUUUACACCUGACUACACGCCACAACAGACACCAAAACCCAAACCUCUGGACACUACAAUUGCUGCCAUGGAUGCGGCUUGUGUGAAAGAAGCGACGACUGUACUUUCUGUUAGUAAUUCACAGUAUAUUGAAACACCAGUGGCCACUCCAGUGCCGCCAGCCGAACUUAUGACUCCAACGUUACCCACAGAUGACUUACCCACAUCUGUUAAAGAGGAACUAGCUGGAAAUCUUGAUAAUGCAACCGCCUCUUCUUCUCGUUCGGCAGAUGCACACUUUCCCGCUGAAGAUGGUUAUGCUUACAUAGGUGGACUAAAAGUAGAAAUAAUCGAAAACCUUUUCCGAUGCCCUCAAGAGGGUUGCCUGAAGAAUUUCCGCAAAGAAGAUCAUUUACAAAUUCAUGUAAAGCAUUAUCAUCAGGACUUAAUAAAACUGUUAGGCACGUGUCCGAAGAUGCUUGAGCUGGCAGAGAAGCGCACACAUACUAAACCCGACCAGCAUGAGCCGGCGCCACGUAAUCAAAUUCCCAAUCAGCAAUUCUUUGCUAAACUUCAUCAACAAGAUUUGCUACAAACUCGAGCACAUCGGCGCAGCGGUGGUAUAACUGCUGUAACGACAGGCAGUGCCUCUCAAGCUGUAGUGUCUUCUCCCGAAAUGAAAAGUGAAACUGAGAUCAAGAACGAAUCAGAUGCUGAUCUAGAAAUGUCACAUAUAUCUGUCGGCCUCAAUGAUACUUCGCUUAAUAGCUCUGCCCAAAAUAGUCAAAAUAGCACAAUGAUGGAUAUUUCCGGCGCCACAGUCUCAUCUGUGGACGAAAAUUUGGCCGAUAUAUCGGCAACAUCAGCCAAGCGCUCGCGUAUGUCACAGAGCAAGCGUUCUCUCGGCUCACGUAAAAGCAAUCGCCAGCGUACAACGCGUCGUUACUUAACAGCUGCUCAGGCCACAUCAGGUGGAUCGCUGCUACCAGUGGUAACCGCUGACAGUAGCUUUGGUGUGUCGGAAUUUGAAGAGACACGACACUCCUUCAACGCAACUCCCGAUGCUAAAAUUGCCGAUCUGGGAAAGAAACAUAAAUUAACGGGUGCCCCAGUUACACCGAUGAGCAGUCUAGAUUCACCUGUAACUGCCGAUUCAGGAUCAUCGUCGUUUCCACCAUUAUUGGCACCAGGAUCUAAUGAAACUGAACCUACGGCCGGCACAACUGUUAACCAACCUCAGUACAUAAAAGAAAACGGUGAAAUCAUAAAGAUAGUUAGCAUGCGCCAGGAAGAAAUAAUCAAUUGUCUGUGCUCGUAUGGCGAGGAAGACGGCCUCAUGAUACAAUGUGAACUGUGCUUAUGUUGGCAACAUGGCAUUUGCAAUGGCAUCGAUAAAGAAGUUGAUGUGCCUGAUAAAUAUGUGUGCUACAUUUGCCGCAAUCCACAACGCGGUCGGGAGUCAAUGCGUUUUAAACACGAUCAAGAUUGGUUGUAUGAUGGAAAACUACCGGUGGCGAAUUAUCACAUUGCAAACCCCAAUCUACAGAAGCGUUUCGAUUUUCUCAAAAAAUCGCACGUGCUUACUGGAAAUUUAGUAGAGCUAAGGCGUUUUAUGCAUUCACUGCGUAUCAAAAUGAACAUCGUCAACAAUCGUUGUCAUCCAAAGUUGUACUUGUGGGCUAAAAAGUGGGAGGAGGAUUUAGUGUCACAACUUACCAAGGCAAAUAUAAAACCCGAGCAAGAUAUUAAAAUCGAAGAUAUGGAUGUUGAAAUAAAAGUGUUGGAUCAAAAAGAAAAGACGACUCCAUCAACACCGCCUGCAAAGAAAAUAAAAUCGGAACCUACCACACCGUCACAACCCAUUCCAAAUAUACCGCAACCGGAAGCACCCAUCGAUCCAGUCGAAUGUCAGCAUCGAUUAAUGGAACACAUAAAGAUACAGCAAAGUUUAGUACUGAAUCGUUUAGACGAUAUUGAGAAUGAAAUGGACGAACUGGAAUGUCAAGACGAUCUUUUCGAUUUAAAAGACGGUGAUUUUAAGAGUACGAAAGAAGUUUUGUCUACUUUCAUUAAAGAGUUGGACGUAAUGAAGCAGCUGGCUAAACUAAAUACUUUGGAGAGUACUAAACAAUCUGUAAAAAACACAUUGGCAGUUAAAUAAUUAUUUGUGGUGAAAACAAUUUCAACCAUAAAUGCAUUAAAUUUUACGCGGAUUUUGUCCAAAUUCAAUAAAUUUUGCAUAUUUUAUUUGCGUUCUUUAAUCUUAACUUUUGACAAAAAUGAAGUUAGAUAUUGCUUUAAAUAAAAUCUGCGUGUUUGGUUAA